AUGUGGACGCAGCCUUGCUUGGAUUUUCUGCACGCCCAGAAGAUCAGGCAGCAUGAUCUCGUUUCGCAUCGAUGCGUCUCCCAAGAUCCUCCCUUUUCACUCUCGCUUGAUACACGACAGAAAUAUGCGUGCAGGCGAGACCACUGCCGCCUCAGAUAUGCGUACUUUUGUUUGAAUGCGGCGAAAUUUCCAUCAAUCGCGGCGCAACCACCAAUUUCUCCAACUGGACACUGGCGUGCCCUCUGCAACGUUGAUCUUGCAUGGCCAGGUGGUGCAUUCACUAAACACCGGUGGCGAUGCAUAUACUGCUGUACCGCACGUGCGUGGAAAGAAACGGGAGAAUGGGUCAAGGCCAGGAAUAGAAAAUCUCCAGAGCUAGAGGACAGGUACACACACCUACCUUCGGGACCGUUCGAGUUCACCACAGCUACUCUUGGGAUUCAUGUGGGGCGAAGGCGACAAGAUUGCCCCCACCGCUUUGGAGUGAAUUUCCGCGGUCUACACGGCAGUGAGAGGUCGACGGACCUCAGUACCCAGCAUGGCGACAGAAGAUUGGCGGUGGGAGGGGGGCCGGCGAACGAGAACAUGAAGGGCGUCGCCGCCGGGGACAACGGGACGAUCAUUGCGGUCGGUCGAACGGACGGCGAUUUUUUUCCCUUCGUCAGCCUGGGUGGAUUUGACUUCUUAGCGGUGAAGCUCGGACCAGACGGGGUGUACUCGUGGCAUUGGCAGGACGGCACCAGCGACGAGGACAACCUCAACGAUGCGGUCGUCAACUCGGACGGGUCGGUCGUGUUGGCCGGAAGCACCGAGGGGGACUGGAGCGGUACAAACGCCGGGCUCGGCGACUUAGCGGCCGUGAAGCUCGACGAGUCCGGAGCGGUUCUGUGGAAGUGGCAGAGCGGUACAUCUGACGACGAGCUUCUCGUGGGAAUAACUUCCGCCAAUAGCGCUAGCGGGAGCGAGGUCGUGCUGGUCGGCCGAACGGAGGGGAGCUGGGCCGCGAGCAACGUUGGUGGGUACGACUUCUGCGCCGCGAAGCUGGAUGCCGAUGGCAACGAGCUCUGGUCGUGGCAGGAUGGCACGGACGCCGACGACACCACGAAAGCGGUUGCCGUGGACGGCGACGGCUCCGUCUUCCUCGCAGGCUACACGGAAGGCGACUGGAACCAGCCCAACGAAGGCGAGACGGACUUCGCCGUGACCAAGCUGGACGCCAACGGGACCCUGGCCUGGCGCUGGCAGGACGGUACCGAGGACGAGGAGUUUGGGCUGAUGGUGGUCGUGGGCAGGGACGGCGGGGUGUAUCUGGCCGGAUACUCCACCGGCGCCUUCGGAGGGAUCAACAAGGGGUCGGAGGGCUUCGUGGUGGUCAAGAUCGACGGGCGGGACGGGUCCGAGCUGUGGCGUUGGCAGAACGGGACUUCGGCCGCGGACAAGCUGUUCGGUGCCGCCAUCCUGGACGACGACUCCGUCGUCGUGACCGGGUACUCGGAGGGUGACUGGGCCGAGACCAACGCCGGGGGUUCGGACUUCUGCGCGGCGAGGCUCGACGCCAACGGGAGCGAGAUGUGGCGGUGGCAGGCCGGCACCGACAGCAGCGACUGGAUCACCGCGGCAACGGUCUCGCAGGUGGUCGCGGGGGCCCCGCGGGCGAUCCUGGCGGGCACCACCGAGGGCAGCUGGGACGGGGACAACAACGGGGAGGAGGAUUUCGUCCUGGUUUCCUUGGACGUCGGGGAGGUGGAACCGAUCCCGACGCCGGCCCCGUCUCAAUCGCCGGCACCGUCUCAAUCGCCGGCCCCGUCUCCAUCGCCGUCGUCGGUGCCCUCCACCCCGGCCCCGCAGUUGACGAUCCGGGCGCCGAAGACGACGCCGACUCCCUUCACACGGGCGCCGUUCGUUCUGCUCCCACCGGAGGAAGGCCUCCCGACGACGACAGCGCCAGCCCCUUCUUCGGCGAGCAGCGGCCUCUUGCAGGGGCAGACGCUGGCGCCGACCUCGCCCCCUCAAGAUUCGGACCCGGACCUCGCAAACGUGGUUGGGGUGGCGGCGAUGGCCGUGGUGGGCGUGGCGAUCUUUGCGGGGUGCGUCGGCUGUGUGUUGGGGUGUAUCAAGGGCGAAGACAAGAAGAAGAAGAAGGAGAACGACGGAGGUGGCGGCGGCGGCGGAGGCGGCGGCGGGCGGUCGACCGGCGGCGGCGAGCGGUCGAGCGGUGAAGGAAGCCAGCCGUCGCCCUCGUUUCUCGCCCGCUGCCGCCGCAAUCGGUACGUCUUCAUGUUCACGAAGCUGUACGAGUCGGUGAUGGCGUUGGCGUCCCCGGUAGACGUCGGGACGGACCUGUCCGUCAUCUACGGCUACUGGAUGGACUCGCACCCGCUGUGGACGACGCUGCUGGUCGUCUUGUUCGUGUUGAGCUGCCGCUUCACGGUCGCGUUCGCCGCUCUCCAUCCUCCGCCGGACAAGAACGUCAUUUUGCCCCUCUACGUCUUCCCGUUUUGGGCCGCCUCUUACCACAACCUGGCAGAGGAGCCGGAGAAUACCGCUCGCUCCGCGAGGGCGACCAAGGAGGACGGGGAGGAAGCAGAAAAAUGUCUCGGAUCCUUCCUGCCCAUCUGGCUUCGGUCGCUGUUCACGGAUUGGCUUAAGGCCGCCGAUAACCAAGACAACUGGUGUGCGUGGUUCCUGAUCUUGCUCAAGUUUGAACUUAUUCUGGUCUUGUUCUGCUGGUGGGCGCUUGUCCUGAUCGUGGGUGCAACUUGGGUCGUCAUUCGCCAGAACAUCGGUCUUUUCAUGAAAGCGCUACUAGGAGCCUCGGAACAAUCCCUGGAAGAGGAGGAGGAGAAACUAAGCCAGAGGCAGUCAUACAUGAACAGCAUCAAGUUCGUGGAAGCGGCUCUUGAGAGCGUCCCGCAGCUCUCGUUCCAGACGUACGUGUUCUUCUGGUUCGGCGGGGACCCCGCACGCUUCACCUUGAGCGCCUUGAUCGCGAUUGGCUCCAUUCUGGUUGCCCUGUACACGUACCUGACCACGAGCGAGAAGAUGAAGGCGGCCCUGAAUAUGCUCAGGGCGAUAUUUCGUCCAGAUGCUGCUCCCGCUGCUGCUGCUGCCCCAGCCGCUGUCCCCCCGCCCCCUCCCCCGCCCCUAUUCUCAACGAGACCAUGAUUUCUUUCGGACUGCAGAGAAGAUAUGGCACUCAGUUGCCGAGACCAACAAAGCGUGCCGGAACGCCUGCUGCCCAACUCCGCUUAAGCUGGCACGCAAGAUAUGUUGCAAGCUUCUGUUUUUGGCCUGUUGUCUGCCCUGCUCCCCGUCUUAGCUUCUGGCUCUUGCGGACACGUACUGCUGUGUAGUGUCUUCGCGAAGGUCGAUUUUUUUCUUGGUGGUGAUCUGCCAGUUCAUGAGCCGGGGUAUUUAGACGUAUUAUAAGUACCAAUCGAUCCUUGGCCAAUGCUUCAUUGAGGGGGUCUGUUGGAUGUUUAUAUCGCAAUAUACAUGAGAUGACUUGCUUGGUGACAGCGACAAAGUGCAAUGUCACCUUCGAAUCAAGUUACGCAGUAGUAGUGCAGGUGUGUUUUUUACUGUGUUUCAUGUACUGCUGGGCAAGCAGGAUGCAUUUUUGGCCGUCAUUUUCUAGAAGACACUUCACCCGGUUGGAGUUUGAAUUCAUUCUCUACAUAUGCAUGUUUAGUAGCUGUCAUUCUGAGUUUCACGGCUUGCUGAAUCGUAUGACGCACGUCAGAAUUGCACCUUACGCACGUGAGUACGCGUCGCUAAAAAUUCUUGUUAUUGGCGACUUCAGUAUGUAAUUGAUGCAUAGCAUUUGCUUGGCCACCCUUGUAUUGAGUACAAUGGUCCGAUCUCUGCCCAAGGACCUUGUCAUCUGAUUGGUUGGCACUUUGGGAAAUAUGUUCGAGUGUGGUUCCGUCGGAAUGCGUUGCUUGGAUGGUGCAGGCCCCGUGCAACUCCCAUCUUCUCACAUACUGUGUUUUCCUUUCCGGUCUCGCCGACCAAACUACCACAUUUUUCC